CAGAAUUUCUGCAUUUCUUAUGCUGCGUCUAGUCUGUAGGAAUUGACAUUCUUACAUCGUGAAUUUUGUGCAGCAUCUACGCCUCUCUUAUCGUAUAAUCGACCGAUUGGAGAGUUUGAAGGUAAAAUGGAAGGUAACGACACUGACGAGAUAACAGUGACAUCCGAGGAGUUAUUGCCCAGUGGAAUGAUACCUCCGAGACAUGUCAAGGAGAUUAUUGCAGAGGAGAGGGCAAAGGUUGAAGCUGAGAAAAAUAUCGCCUUGAAGAAGCUGGAGGAAACCUUUGAGCAGGUGAUGUCUGCCAUCGUGACAUCAGAUUUCUCAGAUCCUGAUAUGAUUCAUGUGCCACUGACGAGAGAAGAAAUCGUGGAAUCAAUUAAACAGAGAGACCCUUAUGAUAUUCAGUUUUUAAAGAAAACUGAGAAGCGAGAGGAGCUGGAUCAGGACUCGGAUGGAAAUGAAGAUGGGGAGGAAUUUUCCGGUUGCACAAUCUCGGAAAUUUUUGAACCCGUCAGAUCGGAUUUAGAAGGGAAAAUUGAGAUGAAGGCUUCGGAGACAGCAGAACGCAUGAAGGACUUGAUGCUUCAUAGUCUGCCAGACGACUUCGAUAAAUUUGAAAGAAUCGCUGAGCAGAAGGACGAGACAAAUUCAAACUGUGACAUUGAAACGGGAAACUCGUCGGAAGGAAUUUCCGAUGAAUCCUUGUCGUUAUUUGAAGAUAUUGUGAGAAAAGAACCAAUCCCUGGCAAAGUUUACGAUUUUGACGAGAAAAAACAUGGCGUCAGGAUGACUGAGGAAUUUUUAAAGAAACAUUGCAAGGAAAAUAAAUUGUACGAAACUCCGUAUCUCAAUGAUGUCCUGUACCUGCAUUACAAAGGUUUUUCUUUCAUCGAAAAUUUGGAAAAGUACACAGGAUUAAAAUGCCUCUGGUUGGAAAACAAUGGUAUAAUAGAAAUAGCAAAUUUAGAGAAUCAAACGGAAUUGAGAUGUCUUUUCCUUCAUCACAAUAUCAUUGAAGUAAUUGAAAAUCUGGACCACUUGGUGAAGCUCGAUACUUUGAAUUUAUCGUACAACAUCAUUAAAAAAAUUGACAACCUAGGGGAAUUAAAAUUACUCAAUACAUUGAAUCUAUCCCACAAUUACCUGCGAUCUGUUGAAGACAUUGAACAUCUAAAAGUUCUUGACAACCUGUCAAUUCUGGAUGUUUCGCAUAAUCGAUUGGAACCUGUGGAAAUCGUUCAGGUUUUUGCGGUCAUGACGUCAUUGAGGGUGUUGACAUUGACAGGAAAUCCUGUGAUCAAGGCUAUAAAAGUUUAUCGAAAGACUCUGAUACUCAACUGCAAGGAGUUAACGUACCUCGACGAUCGCCCAGUCUUUCCAAGGGACAGAGCCUGCGCUGAAGCAUGGGAAAGAGGAGGUCCUAAAGAGGAAAUGGCCGAGAGAGACCGGUGGUUUGCGGAUGAGCAAAGAAAAAUAUCAGCAAGUGUAAUCGCAUUGAUGAAGAAACCAAGACGAAUUGAGCCUGACUACUCGAAAAGUCCUGCAAACGCUCAAGUACCAAUUUCCAGUGAUCGACCGAUCUCGAAACUUUCCUCAGACAUUUUUUCAUCUUCAUCCGAAGAAGAUUCCACCGAAGAAAUCGAUGAUCCCCUCGACUCCAAGGCUCCAGCCCCCAGAAAUUUGAUUGAGGAGAUAACAGCUAUCACUAAAGACCAAAAAUUGGGAGAAAACGAGACUAAUAAACAAAACGAGGGAAAUUCACACCAAGAAAUGAAAUUCCCCAUCUACAAUGAAAUAAUGGAGAGCGACCGGAAUGAAAUGACAGACAUAAAAAUCUGCGAGAACGAAAAUGAAGAAAUCCCGAAGAAAAAUUAUGUUUUGAGUGGAGAAAUCGACGCAUCAUUUUCCGAAAAUUUAAUCGGAACGGAAACAGUUGAGGUUGAGGAGUCAACGGAUGAUUACAAACCAUCACAGUCACCAAAAGUAAAUAAUGAAAUUAAAAAAAACAUUGAAUUAUCCCUCGAGAUGCAACUAGCCCAGGGUAAAUAAAUCCACAAGCCCCGCAUUUAAAAGACAAUUUAAGACCUACGUUGAUGCAUCGUAUGGCAGAAAUGAAUGGGAACUCGUUAUUUAUCAUUUUCCUCCGGUGGCUGAUGCGAUAACAAUGGAAUUGAUGAUGAUACGAUAUUUUCUAUUUUCUCUCAUUCCCUCGGUAUUCGUCACCUCAAUCGCUAUUUAAAAUUCAUUAACUGCAUUUCUCGACGAAUGUCAAUGGACCACGACAUGAAUGAUCUGAUGAAAAGAGUGUCGAUAGCGUCUAACGAUGAGAAUCAACGUCAAUCAAUUUUUUCUGUGGAUUUUUGAUUCAAAACUUAUAGAAAAACAAAUAAUUCCUCUCGUUGACGCUAUCGCAAUCAUCUUGGCCUCUUUCCUCAUUAAAAUGCAAUUACAUCAUUAUAUUUACUUGUUCAUUCAUCAUAUUUAGAUGGUAUAGAGAAAUGUUUCGUCUACAUUUUUUUUAUUCAUGUUUUGUUUUGAAGAUUCAAACUUGAAUUUUUCCCUUUUUCUCAUUAGAAAUUGCUUAUCCCUUUUGUUCCGAAGUAUUUGGUAAGUAUUCAAAAGAUUGUUAAUAAACAAAAAGAAAACAAUCCAAGAGAGCGCUUGUUCUCGGAUUUACUUGUAAUGAAUUUCUAAUGACAACGAGAGAAAAAUAAAAUUGAGUUUCUUGGUAAUUGUUGAUCAAUUAAAACUCUCGGUGGAAUAUUUGUCCAUUCCCCUUCCCCCAUUUAUAUUACUCCAUUAUACAUACGUUACGUCAAUGUGUGUUUCAAAUGUGUAGUUUGUUAUUAACUAUUAAUUGUUAUAUAAAAAAUUGAUGAAACCAUCUUGUCUAUCUACCGUUUAACAGUAAAGACACGUGCCCUCCAUAUUUAUCAAUUUUCAAUCAUAAUUUCCUUUUAACUUUUUUCUCAUUCCUUCAGUUAAUUUACACAGUAUUAAUAUUAGUUAAUAUUAUUAUUCAAUUUUAUUCUUGUUUGGCUUAUACCCCUGUUUUUUUGUCAUCUCAAUCCACAGAUUAUUUAUUUUAUUAUUAUUAAUUUCACACUUAUCUCAUUCAUGGCACGAUUAAUGUGAAACUCUACGAGUAAGAAAUAUGCAGUGCACUCUUGAAUUAUUCUCUCCAUUUCUUCUUCAAAAAAUUUUAUUUCAUCUUUUUACCCCCAUGUGACAGUUUUUUUUUAAAUUCAGUAACUCGAAAGAGGCAGUUAUAGCCGACGUCUCAAUUUAUCUCAUCCUUUGUCUCCCCUCAGACCUGUGACGCCGUCAUGAUCUCCAAUGAGAUAAAAAAUUGAAAAAAAGAAUUUUUCAAGAAUUCUCUCUGAAUCUUCUGAAAAAGUGUUUCAUUAUCUCCACCUACCUCUAAGAAUAGUCCCUGACAUUGAAAUAGGACCCAAAAUUCUUGUUCCCACAUUUGAUAAUUAAAAAUUCCUCAGAGCCGGUGAAAAUAUGUGAGAAAUUCGGAGAGGGUAAGAAGGAAAUCGAGUGAAUUCCUUCAGAAUUUCUACAGAGGUUUCUGUUCCACCAGCCCCGAUCGAAAAAUAAAGAUAUUGUAGAUUAUAUUUUGGUUUUCAAACAUUUCAUUUAUUUCUGCCAUUGUUUCAUUCGUUAAACGAAGAUCUGCUUAAAAAACGAAAACUGAUUUUAAAAAAUCCCCAUCUCAAUGCUUUGCCCUGAAAAACGAAUCGGCGAUAAUGAAAAUUUCCUCUCAUUGAGAUGAGAAUAGCCUCGAGAAUCAAGAGAUAAAUAACGAUACCAUAAUCGUAAUGAUAAUGAAAUUACAAUUAUCCUUAAAGCAUAGAAUUAAUUCUAAAAAAUCAUAGUUAAUGCAAAUAUUGUAUUAAUGAUUUUCCUCGCUCAUUCCCUCGUUUCUGCGUGUGCCUAUGACUAGAUACAUAAUAAUGAUUUAUUCUUCCUCUACUUGACCUCUCGUUACCCUCCAAAUGGUGUUGUUCAACUAUUUUCCAUAGCUACUCCAUUAUUAUUAGGUUUUUUUUCGAUUUUUGUUACUUACAAUUACCUCAUAAUCACGAAGAAAAGAAGAGAAAGAAAAAUUAUGGAUGAAGAAAUUACUCUUCAGACAUCCACAAAUACAAAAACAAAUGGAUCAUUCAUAUCUGUUUAAUCAUUUCUGGCGACGAAUCACUACGAGAUACAAAAAAUUACAGAUCUCAUGUUCUCCGUGUUCUAUUAACGUUUUUUUUUCAUUCAGGGAUUUGUCAGUGAUAAAUUCUUGCGCUAUCAAUAAUGAAUUUUCCUCAGUUCAAUUAUUUUCACUCCAUUUUUCUUUUAUUUUUCCUCUCAUUAACACAUGAAGUCAUUUUGUUUAUUCUCUUGCAGUUAAAGCGAUCAUUUAGUUUAGAAGAUAGUUAUCAAAAAAUGAUUACAAAUAUCCACAGUGAACGUAGUGUAAUUAAUUGGUUUUUCUUUUCUUUCACGAGGGUAAGGGCUUGUUAAAGGUUUCUUUUUGCAAUCGCAGUUGAUUAUUAUUUUUUUUUCUUCAAUUAUAAUUUUGGGCGUAACUGCGACUUUUGCUCGUAUUCUCAUUAAUUUCUCUCAAUGAACCUUGAAAAUCGACACCUUACGAAUACUUACAUAUUAAAUAUUAAUAUUUAUAAAUUACAAUCAUUAUCAUUAAUAUUAUUACAAUUUUUUUGU